GUAUCAUUAAGUAUUUUCUGGAGGACGAUAAAUAUACUGUUUAUUGAGUAAAAUACAGAAGAAUUGUGUUGAAAAUCCUUCGCGGGGAAGAAACCAGUAUUACAAAUGAUACUUAAUACAUUGUUUAAUCAAUGAACCAGACGUUAAAUUCAAAUAAUCCCAGAGAAUCAUUACAAAUGCUUGAUAUCAACGGGCUACAGACACCGUGUGAAGUUAAUCCUGAUCUCACGAAACCAUUGGUUCUAUUUCUUAAUUCGAGAAAAGAGGUACUAUCUUCAGCGCCUACAUCACCGAACAGUAGUGAAGAUGAAACCCCCGGACCAAUGAAUACAGUGAAAUUUCGUUAUAGUAAAGAUUCAAGAAAAUGUCUGACAAAAAUCCCAUCACAAACCAACUGGCGUAAACGUCGUGGCAUGACACUGCGCUGUGGUCCAUUCUUCAGUCGUACACAUAAUGGUCUACUGAAUUCACCCUACCAAUCAGAUGUUAGCCAAUCAGCGCCAAGUAGUCCAACGAUCGAUACAUAUGAAACAUUACCAUUGGUUCCAAAUGCUGCGUCAAUUGCCCGCGUUCCCGUCAACUUACAUUCUUCAACUGAUGCGAAUCAGAUGAAUACCAUGGCAACAGCAACAACAACAGCAACAGCGUAUAAUAAUUCUCUUCAUUAUGAUCAUAGGAAUUAUGCACAUAAUCCGUGUCAAGAAAGCAUCCCUGGUACAGUUUUCAACUCAGGUGAUCCAGAUAGACAAUCUGAGACUAUGCUACUGUGUUUAAUGCAACGUCUUGGAGUACAAUCUGUUUGGCCGUGUUUAUUAGAACAUGGUGUUGCAGAUGUUAAACGAUUAAGUCGGCUGACUAGAAAUGAACUCAUUGAAAUGGGUGUAACAGACGCGGAGACUAGAGCAACACUGAUGACUGCUGCUCAACUGUUAACUGAUUCAUGGUUAAAUCCUUCCUUAUUUCAUAAAACUCUGAAUAAACCAAUUGAAAAGAAUUCAACCGAUCUAUCAGAUCCUCAGAAUAUACAUGAUUCUGGUAUAUCCAGUGGAACAGAUAUUGGUAGUUCAUAUCUAUCCUACAAACCUCAAACUAUGGGUGUUUUUAAGCAUCCUAUUGAGCCGACAACAUCAUCAUCAGCGGCAGCAACAGGUCAUUUUCAAGCAGCUGCAUCAUGUGAACCCCAAUAUUCUGAUCAAAAUCAACAAAGAUGGAAUUUCGGUCGUAAACAAUGCAGUACAGCGCAAAAUUCACCAGCUAGAAUAAAUCCCUACGAAGAUAUGAAAGCGUAUAAACAUGUUUCACAAACACUACAUCCCAAUCAUCAAAUUGUUUGCAUGAAUCCGACGGAUAAGACAUUUCAUCAAAAUGCAUCAAAUGCACCGAAUGAAAUUCAUUGUCAAUCAAAGCACCCUGUAAGUAUCCUACGCAAUGGACGAUUACCAAGAGACAAUCAUUCAGAUGCUAGAUGUUCUGACAGUAUGAAACGUUCUUCAUCAACAACACCAAAAACUGUAAAAAUUGAUGAAAGAUUCCUAUCCUCACCAAGACAACAGAAACAACAACAACAAAUACAAGAAUCGAAUCUAUCGAACUAUCAUCAAAUCCCGAUACAGUUGGCAUCACCACUCCCACCACCACCACCACCAGUUGCUUCAACACAAGGCUAUUUUGUACAGUAUUCACAGACAAGUCAUCCACCGUCACUUCCACUUCCGCCUACACCAUCUUUUCAACAGUAUCAUCCGUCUCAACCGCAACUUCAGCCACAGCCUCAGCCACCGCAGCCACCUCAACCUUAUCAUAAUCAUCCCCAGCAUCAACAACAGCAAAUAUCUAAUUCUAUGCAAUCAAUAGGGCAUGAUAAUACAAGAAAUAUCUACAUUCAACAUAUACAUUUAGCUAGACAUAUGCUAAAGAAGAAAUUGAAAGCAGAAGGUAUUGAUCUCACUCAACCGCCUUAUUCGGAUGAGACUGGUCGAGCAAAUAUUCCGUUACGUUUAAUUCAACGGUAUUCAUUUGAAACAAAUUUGGAUUUGAUGACAGUUGCAAUGGCAAUAGAGGCUGAAAGAGAUACAACACUGAGAGAAAUGCGACGACCUGUGAUAUCAUUCAACGAUGAGAUUACAUCACAGCGUUUUCUUAACUGUGAUGGAAUAAAAACUGGAAGUUUACAAGAGUUUUUAGUGACAAUCGGCCUACCAAUGUAUAUAAAUCAUAUACUUUAUUAUAGUAUUUCUACGAACACUGCCACUACUACUAAUACUACUAAUCAUCAUAACAGUAGUAUCACUAAUAAUAACAACAAUAAUAAUAAUAACAAUAGUAAUAGCAGUAGUAGUAGCGCCUGUGGAGGUGUAGUCAACAAAACCAAUAAGAGCAAUAAUAAUAAUAAUCCCAACGCUGGCAACAGUCGUUAUGGUAACAAGUGUAUCCCUAUGACUCCGGCAGAUCUUCUUCGAAUGUCCAAUAGUCAACUGCAAGAGAAAUUCAAUUUUCUACCGAUCCAUAUUCAAUGGCUUCGUCAAGAAGCAUCUGUUAUCCCAUGGAUAUUAUUGGAUCAAACACAUACAACAAAGAGUACGAAUAAUAAUUAUAAUAAUAAUAAUAACAAUAAUAGUAAUAAUAUGUACAGUUUACCACGUUUAUCAAAUAAUAAUACUAAUAGUAAUAGUAGUAAUAAUAAUAUGAAUACCAGUAAUGGCAGGAGUUCAUCUCAGCUGAGAAGAACACAAAACCAGCACUAUCAACAACAACAACAAUCACAACACGCUGAAAAAGAAAGAUCAGAUAAUUUAAUGAAUUUAGAACAUAUUACUGAUAAAGUUUAACAGUAAUCUAUUGCUGUACACAUAUGUAACUUUGUUUUUAAUUUUGGUUUUGAUUUCAUAAACU